AUGGCCAGUGGGUCAGCCGCAACACUCGCGGCCGCCCGCCGGCAACUGCCGCCCGCCGGCAGCCGCCGCCACCAGCCGCCCGGCGGUGCAGUCGCCGCCGUCGGCUCACAGGGCGGCCAGCACCUCCCUCUCCCACGUCCUCUGCUCUUCCCGUGGCUGCUGCUCCUAUGUGCAGCAUGGCUGAUGGCCAUACCCACGAGUGCUCAGGACACAGCCAAUGCGGUUGUGAUGGAUGGUGCAGGUACGGAUGCGGGUGGGGUUGGAGCUGCAGUUGCAGCCCCGCAGCUGGGUGCGACUGCAUCCAAUGUGCUCGGAGUACAACCCCAGCAGCUACAGCCACAGCCAGGUAUCGACCAACAACAAGCCCAACCGGGGCAGCUGCCGCAACAGUAUCAACAACAACAACAGAAUGCCCAACAGCUGCUACAGCCCCAGCAGCAGCAGGGACAGCAGCAAGCAGUCUCGGUCAGGGCGGCCGGGACAGAUGCCCUGCAGCAGCAGCCGCAGGUACAACCCCGCCCUCAGCGGCAGGUAGCACAGGUGGUGCUCCGCGAGGAGUGCGCUGACAUCCCCAUCAGCACCUCCCAGCUGGGGCUGGCGAACAUGGCCGAGCUGAUAGUCACUGGUUGUGUGCACAAGGGCCUGGUGCGCUGCCGCAACAACACCGACGAUCUGGGGGACUGUUUACUGCUGGUGGAGGCACCCGUACUGCCGGACUCGGCGCCCUGCGCCCUGACAGGCGGCCAGAGGUACAUGUUCUUCUUGCAGGCCCAACCGGGACCCUGCGACGGUUACUACUACGCCAUGUUCCAGCGUGCCUACCACAGUAUUCGGAGGCCGCUUGGGGGCACCGGCUGCACCUUCUACCCAGAUUUUCCCGAAGCGAGCGACAUGGUCACCCGUAUCAACAGCCAGUGCUCCGGAAACGCAGCGGCCACGUGUUCCCUGGACCGCUGCGACCCACGGGUCACUCGCUCACCUUGCGCCAACGAUACGACGACACGCUGCGACCUCAAGCAAUGCGCAGGGAAGUUCAUGUACUACAACGCCAUCAUGCCGUCUGAGACGUGCUAUGAGCUGUAUACGUAUCGCACUUCGGGCCUACCGGUCAACUGCUACGGCCAGCGCUACAUCAACAACCGAAUACGGGAGAUCGAACUACAGCAGGCGCUAGCUAACGCGACGGCAGCGCAGACGCGCUCCGCUCGUCCCGGAUCCCUGAGCCAAGCGGCAGUGCAGGACGACGCUAUUGGCGAUUGA